GUAACUGUAAUCGAGGAAAUACGGUAGCAAAUUAUUUUCUCCUUCUCUCCAGCACUACAUCCAGUACAAAACUGAAUGUGAUACCAAAAAGCGGCAGUAGGAUCAACCAUGGCUGAACGCCGCGCUUUUGCUCAGAAAAUCAGUAGGACCGUAGCAGCCGAAGUAAGAAAACAGAUCUCUAGUCAGUAUGGUGGCUCCCCUCAGCUCCUCAAGAAUCUGAAUGUUGGUGCCAGUGUCUCUCAUCACACUGUGCCACUAACAGAAAUUGUAGAACCUGUGGAUUUUGAAGAGUAUCUUACUGCACAUCCUCCUGCAGUUGAUUCUGGACCGUUAAGGGACUUAAUUGAAUUUCCUUCUGAUGAUAUUGAAGUCAUCUAUACACCAAGAGAAUGCAGAACAAUAACACAAGCUCUACCAGAAGAGGGGGAAAUGGACGCCCAUGUCCGGGAUUGUGUAAGAAGCUACACUGAAGACUGGGGAAUUGCUUGCAGAAAGUACCAGAAACUUGGCACUGGCUUUAAUCCUAACACAUUAGAUAAACAGAAGGAAAGACAGAAAGGUUUGCCUAAGCAGGUCUUUGAGUCUGAUGAGUCUCCGGACAAUAGCUGUCAAGAUGAGCAGGAUGAUCUUAAGAGGCGUUCCAUGUCGAUAUAUGACACUCCUCGAGGUAGUUGGGCCUGCAGUAUUUAUGACCUUAAGACCUCUCUCCCUGAUGCACUUCUGCCAAAUCUACUAGACCGAGCCCCAAAUGAAGAAAUCGACCAUCAGAAUGAAGUGCAAAGAAAAUCAAACCGGCAUAAAGAAUUGUUCGCAUUAUAUCCGGCACCAGAUGAGGAAGACCCAAUAGAAAGGCAUACUGUUCCUGAAGUGCCAAGAGAACACUUUGGUCAAAGGCUUCUGGUAAAAUGUUUAUCUCUAAAGUUUGAAAUUGAAAUUGAACCAAUUUUUGCAAGCUUAUCAUUGUAUGAUGUCAAAGAAAAGAAAAAGAUUUCAGAAAAUUUUUACUUCGAUUUAAACUCUGAGCAAGUGAAGACAAUGCUGCGCCCUCAUGUGCCUCCAGCUGCUAUUUCAACCCUAGCUAGGUCAGCCAUCUUUUCCAUCACAUAUCCCUCUCAGGAUGUGUUUCUCGUAAUAAAGCUGGAGAAGGUACUACAACAAGGGGACAUAGGAGAGUGCGCUGAACCAUAUAUGAUUUUCAAAGAGGCUGACACUUCUAAGAAUAAAGAGAAAUUGGAGAAACUGAAAAACCAAGCAGAGCAGUUUUGUCAGAGAUUGGGAAGAUACCGAAUGCCUUUUGCAUGGACAGCUAUUCAUCUAAUGAAUAUAGUCAGCAGUGCUGGAAGUUUGGAACGAGACACAACGGAUGUAGAAAUGGGAUCAGGAGAACGCAAAGGCUCGUGGUCAGAAAGAAGAAAUUCAAGCAUUGUUGGGAGACGUUCAUUGGAAAGAACAACAAGUGGUGAUGAAUCGUGUAACCUCACAAGCUUCAGACCUGCCACUCUUACUGUUACAAACUUCUUUAAGCAGGAAGGGGAUCGACUGAGUGAUGAAGAUUUAUACAAAUUUCUUGCUGACAUGAGAAGACCUUCUUCUGUUUUAAGGAGACUAAGGCCAAUCACAGCCCAGCUGAAGAUUGACAUUUCACCUGCUCCAGAAAACCCCCACUACUGCUUGACUCCAGAGUUACUACAGGUCAAACCAUAUCCCGACAGUAGAGUUAGACCCACAAAAGAAAUACUGGAAUUUCCAGCCAAGGAUAUAUAUGUUCCAAAUACUAUUUACAGAAAUCUACUCUAUGUAUAUCCACAAAGUCUCAACUUUGCAAAUCGUCAAGGUUCUGCCAGAAACAUUACUGUAAAAGUCCAGUUUAUGUGUGGAGAGGAUCCAAGUAAUGCUAUGCCGGUAAUUUUUGGGAAGUCUAGCUGUCCAGAGUUUUCAAAGGAAGCUUAUUCAGGAGUAAUAUAUCACAACAGAUCACCUGAUUUUUAUGAAGAAAUAAAAGUUAAGCUUCCUGCAACUUUAACAGAUCACCACCACCUGCUGUUUACCUUCUAUCAUGUUAGCUGCCAGCAGAAGCAGAACACUCCUCUCGAGACUCCAGUUGGAUACACGUGGAUACCAAUACUUCAGAAUGGACGUCUUCGAACUAGCCAGUUUUGUCUACCAGUUUCUCUGGAGAAACCACCUCAGGCUUACUCUGUCCUUUCUCCUGAAGUGCCUCUUCCUGGAAUGAAAUGGGUCGACAACCAUAAAGGCGUUUUCAAUGUGGAAAUGAUUGCUGUUUCAACAAUCCAUACACAGGAUCAAUAUCUCGAUAAGUUCUUUGCACUGGUUCAUGCACUGGAUGAACACAUGUUUCCUGUUCGUAUUGGUGAAAUCAGAAUUAUGGAAAACAACUUAGAAAAUGAGCUGAAGACUAGCAUUUCUUCUUUAAAUUCCACAAUGCUGGAGCCAGUGGUGCGAUUUCUUCAUCUCUUACUCGAUAAGCUUAUUUUACUAGUAGUACGACCCCCUGUUCUUGCAGGCCAAAUAGUAAACCUUGGUCAGGCGUGCUUUGAAGCUAUGGCUUCUAUUGUAAAUAGAUUGCACAAAAACCUAGAAGGAAGUCAGGACCAACAUGGCAGGAACAAUCUUUUGGCUUCUUAUAUCCACUAUGUUUUCCGAUUGCCAAAUACAGAACCUGGUUCCCAGUCACCAGGAUCUGGUAAUUUAGGAGGUUCGGUACAUUAUGCUACAAUGGCUAGAACAGCUGUGAGACCAGCAAGCCUAAAUCUCAGUAGAUCCAGAAGCCUUAGUAACAGCAAUCCAGAUAUCUCUGGUACACCAACAUCCCCAGAUGAUGAAGUAAGAUCUAUAAUUGGAAGCAAGGGUUUAGAUCGUUCCAAUUCCUGGGUAAAUACUGGUGGUCCAAAGGCUACCCAGUGGGGAACCACCCCCAGUUCAAGCACUGAAUCAAUGCAGGCUUUGGAUCGAAGUUGUAACCGCAUGUCUUCACACACGGAGACGUCCAGUUUCUUACAAACAUUAACAGGACGAUUACCAACUAAAAAGCUUUUCCAUGAAGAACUUGCAUUACAGUGGGUCGUCAGCAGUGGAACUGUCCGUGAAGCAGCUUUACAGCAGGCGUGGUUUUUCUUUGAGCUUAUGGUGAAAAGCAUGAUAUAUCACUUGCAUUUUACAGACAAGCUUGAUUCUUCUCGAAAAACACGCUUUCCAGAACGUUUUAUGGAUGACAUAACUGCUUUGGUUAGCACAAUAGCUGGAGAUAUUAUUUCUAGAUACCAAAAGGAUGUUGAAUUAAUUGAAAGACUGAAUAUGAGUCUUGCGUUUUUCCUUACUGAUCUGUUUUCUGUCAUGGAUAGAGGAUUUGUUUUUAAUCUUGUUAAGGUCUACUGUAAGCAGGUUGGUUCAAAGCUGAAUACACUGCUUGCUCCAAGUAUGCUGAGUUCACUUAGACUGGAUUUCCUUCGAAUUGUCUGCAGUCAUGAGCACUUUGUGACACUUAAUCUGCCCUGUAGCCUUCUGACACCACCUGUAUCUCCAUCCCCAUCUGUAUCAUCUGCAACUUCUCAGAGUUCUGGGUUUUCAACUAAUAUACAAGAUCAGAAGAUUGCUAACAUGUUUGAAUUGUCAAUGCCUUUCCGUCAACAGCACUUUUUAUCAGGGCUUGUGCUUUCCGAAUUGGCUGUUAUUCUAGAUCCUGAAUCAGAUGGUUUGUUUGGAUUGCAUAAGAAGGUCAUUAACAUAGUACACAACCUGCUGUCUAGUCACGACUCAGACCCUCGGUACACUGAUCCAGAGGUGAAAGCCCGAGUGGCUAUGCUCUACUUACCAUUGAUUGGGAUUGUCAUGGAAACACUGCCACAGCUGUAUGACUUCACAGAAACUCAAAACCACCGUGGGCGACCAAGCUGUGUUACAGCUGAAGAAUAUGAAAAUGAGAGCAGCAGCAUGAUCAGUCAGACUGUUGCUAUGGCAAUUGCUGGAACAUCUGUACCUCAGCUCUCUCGACCAAGCAGCUUUCUUCUCACCCCUACGACUGGUCGUCAGUAUACAAAUUUUUCAGCAGAAUCAAGUCGUAAUCUUUUGAUUUGUCUUUUGUGGGUUUUGAAAAAUGCUGAUGAAAAUGUUCUACAGAAGUGGUUUACUGACCUGUCAGUGUUGCAGCUUAACCGUUUAUUAGAUUUAUUGUACCUUUGUGUAUCGUGCUUUGAAUACAAGGGCAAGAAAGCAUUUGAAAGGCUGAACAGUUUGACUUUUAAAAAGUCAAAAGAUAUGAAGGCAAAGCUUGAAGAAGCUAUUUUGGGAAGCAUAGGAGCUCGGCAGGAGAUGGUUCGUAGAAGUAGAGCUCAACUAGCAGACAGAAGCCCCUCGGGAAGUGCAUUUGGAAGUCAAGAGAAUUUGCGAUGGAGAAAAGAUAUGACUCACUGGCGCCAGAACAGUGAAAAGCUUGAUAAGAGCCACAAACCAACCAGGUCAAGAGCAGAGCUGGAGCAUGAAGCACUCAUUGAUGGAAAUCUUGCCACUGAAGCCAAUCUCAUCAUUGUAGAUACACUGGAAAUAAUUGUUCAGACUGUAUCUGUGACAGAAUCCAAAGAAAGCAUCCUGGGUGGGGUGCUUAAAGUUCUGCUGCACAGUAUGGCUUGCAAUCAGAGUGCACUUUAUCUGCAGCACUGCUUUGCCACACAGCGAGCCCUGGUUUCAAAGUUUCCAGAACUUUUAUUUGAAGAAGAAACUGAACAGUGUGCAGAUCUGUGUCUCCGUCUCCUGCGCCACUGCAGUAGCAGCAUAAGUACGAUCAGAGCACAUGCCAGUGCUUCCUUGUACCUCCUUAUGAGACAAAACUUCGAGAUUGGUAAUAAUUUUGCCAGAGUGAAAAUGCAGGUAACUAUGUCAUUGUCAUCUCUGGUUGGCACAUCCCAGAACUUCCAUGAAGAGUUUUUACGACGUUCUUUGAAAACUAUUCUGACAUAUGCUGAAGAAGAUUUGGAAUUACGAGAAACAACAUUCCCAGAUCAGGUUCAGGAUUUGGUAUUUAAUCUUCACAUGAUUCUUUCUGACACUGUUAAGAUGAAGGAGCACCAGGAGGACCCAGAAAUGCUGAUUGAUUUAAUGUACAGGAUUGCAAAAGGAUACCAGACAUCACCAGACCUUCGCUUAACUUGGCUGCAGAACAUGGCUGGGAAACACUCCGAGAGGGGCAAUCACGCAGAGGCAGCACAGUGCCUGGUACAUUCUGCAGCAUUAGUUGCUGAAUACUUGAACAUGCUGGAGGAUCGCAAGUACCUUCCAGUAGGAUGUGUAACAUUUCAGAACAUCUCUUCAAAUGUUUUGGAGGAAUCUGCAGUCUCUGAUGAUGUGGUGUCUCCAGAUGAGGAAGGUAUAUGUUCAGGAAAGUAUUUCACAGAAGUGGGGCUAGUUGGGCUUUUGGAACAGGCAGCAGCAUCCUUCUCUUUGUCUGGCAUGUAUGAAGCAGUAAAUGAAGUUUACAAAGUUCUGAUUCCAAUUCAUGAAGCUAAUAGGGAUGCUAAAAAGCUAGCGACUAUUCAUGGCAAACUACAAGAAGCAUUCAGCAAGAUUGUCCAUCAGAGCACUGGCUGGGAGGAUGGAAAGCGCAUGUUUGGCACAUACUUUCGUGUUGGAUUUUAUGGCUCCAAAUUUGGAGAUCUGGAUGAACAAGAAUUUGUUUACAAGGAGCCAGCCAUAACAAAACUUGCUGAAAUUUCACAUAGAUUAGAGGGGUUUUAUGGUGAACGUUUUGGUGAGGAUAUUGUGGAAGUUAUUAAAGACUCCAACCCAGUAGACAAAUGCAAAUUAGAUUCCAAUAAGGCAUAUAUUCAGAUAACAUAUGUGGAGCCUUACUUUGAUACAUAUGAAAUGAAGGACAGAAUAACAUAUUUUGACAAGAACUAUAAUUUACGGCGAUUCAUGUAUUGCACACCAUUCACAUUAGAUGGGAGGGCACACGGAGACCUUCAUGAACAGUUUAAACGGAAGACCAUCCUGACAACGUCACAUGCCUUUCCUUACAUCAAAACCAGAAUAAAUGUUGUUCACAAAGAAGAGAUUAUCUCAACACCAAUUGAAGUGGCCAUAGAAGACAUGCAGAAGAAAACACAGGAGCUGGCUUUUGCUACUCAUCAGGAUCCUGCAGAUCCCAAGAUGCUUCAGAUGGUUCUCCAAGGCUCCGUAGGAACGACAGUAAACCAAGGGCCAUUAGAAGUAGCACAGGUGUUCUUGUGUGACAUACCAAAUGAUCCUAAGCUUUUUCGACACCAUAAUAAACUACGGUUGUGCUUUAAGGAUUUCACAAAAAGGUGUGAAGAUGCAUUGCGCAAAAACAAAAGUCUAAUUGGCCCUGACCAAAAGGAAUAUCAGCGAGAACUAGAAAGGAACUACCAUCGCCUCAAAGAAUCUCUUCAUCCUUUGAUAAAUAGGAAGAUCCCUCAACUGUACAAACCAGUAUUGCCAGUUUCUUGCCACAGAGAUUCUUUCAGCAGAAUGAGCCUUCGCAAGCUGGAUAUCUAAAAAGCACUUAUUCUUGUAUGUACAUUUUUGAAGGAAUGCUGUCAACUUGAAGAAUUUAAGAAGAAAUGUGAUUGGAGAGUACCUCAUUUUGAAUCAACACUAAACUUUUUCCUGUGCUGCAGUUUUAUGUUGCCAAGUAUUUAUUGUCAAAUGUGGAAGCAAAUACUUGAAAAAAGUGCAAAAUUUUAAUGAUCUAUGCUUCAGACGUUCCAGAUUAGCACUUUUUAAAGACAAGACAGUUUUAGAGCAUUAUGUACACUAAUCAAGAAAGUAUUUCACAGAGACAUCUCUAUUAUGUUUUUAGUUGUAUUUAUGUGUCAAAAAUAUAAGAUUGUCUUUAUAAACAUUUUUUAUCUAGUAAUAUUUACUUUAAGGUAAUAUUAAAUAUUUUUUAAAACUUU